CGACGCGUAUCACACAUGGCAUCCGAACCCACGGUGGCCCUUUUAUACCAGGCCCUUAAACCCCCUGUAUACGGGGGAGUGAGCAAGCCCCCCAAACCCGGCGGAUAUCAAGACUCCGGCGCGGACAUCGCCUACACACUAUCGCAGACAGGACAUAAGAUCCUCACGCCCAUCUCCUCCCCAGAUCCCCGCAGACAGCAAGAUUGGUGCUUCCCUGAUACCGAAGAGGGCAUUCUCGCGGCCAUCCACGCUGGCGCUACGCAUCUCUGGGCGAACACGGUUGUCUUUGCUGAGCAUCCACUGCAGGAAUCGGGGGCGUUGACGCCUUAUGAGGACCGUGUGAAGGUUGUCGGCCAGCCGCCGCUUUGUGUGGAUUGGUUUGACGAUAAGGCGGUUUUGAAUGAUAAGCUUCGUCGACGGGGUGGGUUUACGCUACCGCGUGCGUGGAGUGUCGAUGGGACCGCGGAGACGGGGGGCCAGGGGAAUCUAGAGACUGUUAUCGCUUCAUUAGCUCAGUCUGAUUAUCCCCUCGUCGCAAAGCCAGUUCGAGGACGAGGAAGCCACGGCGUGCAAGUUUGCAACUCACCGGCUGAACUAAGGGAUCAUGUUAACCGCUUCUUCAAUGAGACUUCGUCCCAGGUUCUCCUCGAGGAAUAUCUUCACGGCGAAGAAGGGACUGUUACCAUCAUGCCGCCUGAUUGCGUAGAUAGUCGACACUGGGCCCUCCCGCCCGUGGUGCGGUUCAAUCAUGUCGAUGGCAUCGCGCCGUAUAGCGGGUUAGUCGCGGUGACUGCGAACUCGAGGGCGGUUACGAAGCGGGAGAUGGAGGCGGAUGAAUCCUUUGCGUGUAUUAUGAGGGAGUGUGAAGAGGUUGGGGUGUUUUUGGGGGCGACGGCGCCGAUUCGGAUUGAUAUUCGCCGGUUUAGGGAGGGAGGGAGGUUUGCGCUUUUUGAUGUUAAUUUGAAGCCGGUAUGUUUAUCCUUUCUCGUGUGGGAGAGGCGAUUCCUUUGAUUAGAAGGAUUGAGCUAAUGUUGUAGAAUAUGAC